AUGCUCGACGAAUUGCUUCCUGUUCCAAGCGCUUCCGAAAUCAACAAUUGCUGGUAUGGCCUCUUUGACUCGGCAGUGAUUGGUAUACAGCGAGACAUUGAUCAGGAAAAGCCCUGUCGCGGUUUGGUGCUUGAUUUCAAGAACCUGCUGGGCCUUUCGGCUGUAGAAUACCCACUAUCGGUCGAGUCUGGAACCAUCCUGAUGGGCUAUUCAACGGCACUCAUACCAAUCUGCGAGACCGAAGACGGAAUGAUACUUUGGCAUUUGGAGAUCGCUGAAGACGACUUUCAACUAAAAGUCGCUGAUCUCGAAGCAACCAGGCAUGACUGGCUACAGACCAAGUCUCUCGACUACUUGCAGUCAAAGAAAGCGUUACUAGGCUGGUGCUCUAAGGCGCACAUCCUUCUCGGAACAGAUCGCUUGGCUCCUGAAGUAACCUGGUCUGCUGCCCGCAACAAACCCAUCACUUGGAACUGGAAAGGGGCAAAUCUACAAGCGACGUUUCAAACAGCUUCACCUGUACAGAUAGGCCUUCCAGCCGGAGGUUCAUUCGAACGAAUGUCUAAUCGACUACGGUUCGAUCCGUCCGCGAUGUACCUGAAGUGUCUGCGAAGCAGCGUCUUUGAGCAAGUCAUUGUGUAUGAUGUUGGCGCGAAGCGAGCUUGGCUGGUGCCAUUGCUCUCCGUCUUGCACCAUAUGCUGUUGGUCUAUGUGCAUUCCAUGGAAGAGGAAUCCUUACUGUCAAUUAUGCCAGUGGCCAAUUGCCUAUCCGAUGGUUCCCUGAAUUCGCUGAAGGCUCUGCAGGACAAAGGCGACAUGGUCAUUGAGGGUUCAGGAAGCCACACGCUUACAAUUGCCCAACUGAUAAUGAAAUUUUCAGUCAACAUGUCCAGAUUGUCCCCGCAAAAGCCCAAGCGAUCCACUAUAUAUGGGUACGAGUUUAUGGACAUCGUGAUGGACUCGACUCGAUCUGAGCUCAAGAAGGAAGCCCUGGAAAAAGGCGGAUUGACUUGGUUGUCUCUCCUGGGUGAAGUCAACUGUCUGUUCUGUUCCGGUAUGGGGGAGGCAAUCGUUGGUGAUCGAGCUCUCGACAUUUCCUCAGCCUGCAACAGACUACCAAAGGGUAAUGAUUUCUUGGCUGCAUCCAUGCAGAGCGUAGAGAUUAUGUCUAAGAGACACGGUGGCAGCCAUCAAAUGGACUUCCGUCGACUAUCUCAGAAGCACUCCUGGCAGUUGACUGGAUCUCCUUUCAAGAAGUGCGCCCAUGCUAAUGAUGCUGUUUCCUGCUGGCAAUGCCCCGAGUUUCUACAGGAGAUACAGAACCGUCAAUGUUCCAGUCAAGUCAAUGACCAGAUCAUUGACAACUGUGCUCAUGGCGCCCUUGUUUUCGGCUCUCUCGUGCAUUCGAGAGCAAUGAAGCAAGCCUCAGGACCGCUGGCUAUCUUGCCAAGGAAUUAA